CGGCUCGGCUCGGCACGGCACGGCCGGCACGCAGCGCGCUCCCGCAGCCGCAGGGCUCGCUCUCCCUCUCGGAAUCUUGGAUAGAGCUGGGAUUAAUUCGAGCUCUCUUGCCUGAAAGAGAUGUUCCGUUUAAAAUUCCCAAUCCCGAAGGCAUAUUGGAGUUUGGUUCUAGGGAUGGCACCCACAGAGCCCGAGGCCGCCCCGGCCCGCCGGUGAGGUGCCCCCAGCAGCCCCCCCGAGCCCCCAGGCCAGAGCACCAUGAACAAGCUGCCCUUCCACAACAACAGAGUCAUGCAGGACCGGCGCAGCGUGUGCAUCUUCCUCCCCAAUGACGACUCCCUCAACAUCAUCAUCAACGUGAAGAUUUUGUGCCAAGAGCUACUGGUGCAGGUGUGUGACCUCCUGAGGCUGAAGGAUUGUCACCUCUUCGGGCUCAGCGUCAUCCAGAACAAUGAGCAUGUGUACAUGGACCUGGCCCAGAAGCUCUACAAGUACUGCCCCAAGGAGUGGAAGAAGGAGGCCAGCAAGGUCAGCGGUGAGGUCUUGCAUGGAGAGCUGAGGCCACCUCUGUCCCCAUCACAGGGCAUCGACCAGUUUGGCCCCCCCAUGAUCAUCCACUUCCGAGUGCAGUACUACGUGGAGAACGGGCGGCUCAUCAGCGACAGGACAGCUCGGUACUACUACUACUGGCACCUGAGGAAGCAGGUGCUGCACUCCCAGUGCGUGCUGAGGGAAGAGGCUUAUUUCCUGCUCACUGCCUUCGCCCUGCAAGCCGACCUGGGGGACUUCAAGAGGAACAAGCACUACGGGAAAUACUUCGAGCCCGAGGCCUAUUUCCCUGCCUGGGUGGUUGCCAAGAGGGGCAAGGAUUACAUCCUGAAGCACGUCCCCAACAUGCACAAGGACCAGUUUGCCCUGACAGCCUCGGAGGCCCAUCUCAAGUACAUCAAGGAGGCUGUCAGGCUGGACGACGUGGCCGUGCACUACUACAGGUUGUACAAGGACAAAAGGGAAGUGGAGGCCUCCCUGACUCUGGGGCUGACAACACGGGGCAUCCAGAUUUUCCAGAACCUGGAUGAGGAAAAGCAGCUGCUCUACGACUUCCCGUGGACAAACGUGGGGAAACUGGUGUUUGUAGGCAAGAAGUUCGAGAUCCUGCCGGACGGGCUGCCCUCGGCGCGCAAGCUCAUCUACUACACGGGCUGCCCGCUGCGCUCGCGGCACCUCCUGCAGCUGCUCAGCAGCAGCCACCGGCUCUACAUGAACCUGCAGCCCGUGCUGCGCCAGGUGCGCCGGCUCGAGGAGAACGAGGAGAAGAAGCAGUACCGGGAGUCCUACAUCAGCGACACGCUGGACCUGGACAUGGAGCAGCUGGAGAAGCGCUCGCGCGCCAGCGGCAGCAGCGCCGGCAGCGCCCGGCACAAGCGGCUGUCCCGGCACUCCACGGCCUCCCACAGCAGCUCCCACACCUCCGGCAUCGAGGCCGACCCCAAGGCCAGGGAGAUGGGGCCCGAGGACGCCUUCUCUGGCGGUGCCCACCGCAAGCUGAAGACGUGCAGCUCCAUGACCAGCCACGGCAGCUCCCACACCUCGGGCGUGGAGAGCGGCGGGAAGGAGCGGCUGGAGGAGGAUUCCCAGGAUGACGAGAUUGAGAUGCUGGUGGAUGACCCCCGGGAGCUGGAGCAGGCUGGGGAGAUGGAGGUGAGCCCCGACAUGUGUGUCUACAUCACCGAGGACAUGCUGCUGUCCCGCAAGUUCAACGGGCACUCGGGACUCAUUGUGAAGGAGAUCAGCUCCUCCACCUCCAGCUCCUCAGAGACGGUGGUGAAGCUGCGGGGGCAGAGCACUGACUCCUUACCCCAGACGACGUGCAGGAAACCCAAGACAUCCACAGACCGGCACAGCCUGAGCCUGGAUGACAUCAGGCUCUACCAGAAGGACUUCCUGCAGCUGGCCAACCUGUGCCAGGACACGGCGCAGAGCUUCACCUUCGGCUGCGCGCACGGCCUGGACCACGAGGGGCUCUACUGCAACGGCUGCCUGGCCCAGCAGUGCAUCAACAUCCAGGACACCUUCCCCGUGAAGAGAACCAGCAAAUAUUUCUCCUUGGACCUGACCCACGACGAGGUGCCCGAGUUCGUGGUGUGAGCGUGGGGAGGCUCCGGCGCCGCCAGCCCUGCCCUGCUCCCUGCAGACCACGCUGGAGACCUUGGCCCUGCUGGAGAAGGGGCAGGAUGGGGAUGCCCCCCGGGCACAGAGUGGGUUCCAGAGGGGUUUGUGCCAAGCACAAGCUGUCUCGUUCCGGCUGGCGGGGGCACGGCCCAGCUGGAGCUGGCAGGAGCCCCCCUGUGCUUUGCCGUGGCCUCUCUCGCCCCCUCCUUGCCCCCAGGUGACUCUGGGGCGGAUGGAAAGUGCCAGACUGUCGUGUUCAAGCCAAGCCAAAGAAAUGUAAAUAACCCUAAAGGCCAGUAUGGGAAGGGAGAAUCAAGCAAUAACCAGCCGGGCGUGGUGGUGUUCCAUGGAGGAAGGCAUGGCCAGCAGCUCCUGGGGCACAGCAUGAGCCCAGUUUUUCCAAAAAAAAACACGUGCUGGAGGUCGGGCCACAGCAGUCCCAGCCAGGUGGAUGAUGGCUGGAAGCUCUCAGAGCCAUUUGCAACUUGUUUUUUAUAUUUUUCUCUUUUUUUUUCUUUUUUUUUUUUUGAGAGCAAAAACCCCAAAACCAAAAAAAAAAAACAAAGAACCCACCCUCCCAAAAAAAAAAAGCAAAGCAGGAUGGAAAAAAAAAUAAAUCUCCUCUAAGGAUAAUGCAAUAAUGCAUUCCAAACACUGAAUAUCUAGAGAAUACAUAUAUAAAUAUAUCGAGGUAUGUAUGUUUAUAUAUGUCUGGAUCUUAUAGACCCAUUUGCAUUUUACUCCUGCUCUGAAACACCUUUUAUACAAAAGAUCUGCCUCUCUUCUUUCAUGAACUCUAUCAACAAUCCUAUUUUUUUUUUCUUAAGCACCAAGGUGAGAAAAGAGACUUUCCUCUCGAGGAGAAUGUGCAUCCUUGCCUUGUCCGUGUGGCUCUUCCCACUGCAUCUCCCUUCCCUUUUCCCAAGGCUUUUCAUGCAUCCUUAGGUGUCUUACAGCUGGAAUAAUUCUGCCAGAGGAUGAUGGUGACGUGCCAGGAAAACCCAGGGGUGGUUUCUGAGUGUGUCCCAGGGAAGGCAGGCAGCCCAGGUGGAACAUUUGCUGAUUGCAGAGUUAAUUAUCACAGCACAAUGCCUUUGUAGUGGAUAUUUUUAAUUAGAGUUUAGCCAUUGACAGCCAAAGUUUUGCCAUAUUUUGAUACACCACCUUUUUUUUUUUUUUUUAACUGGAAGCUUUUCUUAAAAAAAAACGAACCAAAAAAAAAAUUAUAAUUAUUUUAUAAAUAAGCACAAUCUUAUUUUUAUAAGAAAUGUUGGGGGAGGGAGCUGGUACCAAAAGAAAUGGAGAGGAGCUAUAGGCACAGUGCAAAAAAUUAAAAAUAAAAAUCUCUUGGGAUGUUGGGACAUGGGAGAGCUGCAGUGGGACUGUGGCACUGUGCCCCCAGCCCAGAGCUUGAUCUGGCCCUGCCUGAGGGGUUUUGUGGGGAAAUAAUGUCGAUUUCCUAUGUUGGCAGGGCAGGAUGGGGGUCCCUGAAGCAUCCUUGUCUCCCUCAAUCCACACAGAGCAGCUGGGGGGAUGCUCUGGUUUUGGGGACACCCCACCAAAUACCCCACAACCCUCUCCUUGGGUGCUGGGAUAACAUCUGUGAGUCACAGCUGGGUUUGCAGUGUGAGUUUCCAUGCUGGCACAGGCAGGAAAAUCCCCCAAAAUUCAUCCCCAGCCUCUUUCUCCCCUUCCUCUGCCACCGUCUGGAUGCUCUCCACGGGACCCUCAGCCUGCAGAAACACAGAGCUGGAGAGGGAAAAAAGGGAUAAAAUGUGUAAAGAAAUGUGUGGAGAAAUGGGUAAACACUGCUGAGGAAUGGGGAGCGGGCAGCCCCAUCCCGUUAUCCUGCACCCAGAGCUGGGGUGGAACAAUGGCGUUGGGAUGGAGCCCUAAAACAGGGGGACACAGAGGUGACAUUGGGACAGGGGGACACAGAGGUGCCAUUUAUUCCCAGUUUUCCCACAGGUGGCCGUGCCCUUGGGGCUGUUCCCCCCCUGCAAUAAGGAUCUGUCUGUCUGCACAAAAAUAAUCCUUUCUGUGAAAGGAUCUUCCCAUCGGGGCUGAUGGGAGAGCCCGGUGACUGUGUUGCAAAAAGGA